UGCCUUUACGUAAAUAAACUCUUCUCCUGAGAAGACAGAAGCGGCAGCUCAGCGAGUUUCCUUUCUGUCGAGGCCCCCAACGUACCCCCUGUGCCCAGGUCGUAGUCCAAAGUCCUAGCUCGAUGGGCGGAGCUUGUAGGUGGUGGGACAAGCCAUUGGUGAUUUUGAAGACGCUCCGGCGGGAACUGUUGCGGAGAGGGCUGAGGGUAUGGGCCGGUAAGACAGCCUCUAGCUCUAUGAGUACCAGACAGAUGGACGUGAAUCUUGCUGAAUUUGUCAGGAGGACCAUCUUAAAAAUCCCCAUGGCUAAGAUGAUGACAAUCUUAAAAACCUGGGGUUUCUUGUCUGAAAACCAAUUGCAAACCCUAAACUUCAAGCAGAGGAAAGACUCUUUCGCUCAGGACUUGAUUCUGCAGUGCGAGGAGAACCGCGCAACUAUCAGUGACGUGGCCCUUUUAGACAUCGUGUACACACAAGUUCAUCAGCACCAGAAAAUUUGGAAUGUUUUUCACAUGAACAGAAAACCAGAUGAAGAGGUUGACAUUUUUGAUAUGGAAGAAUUCAAACGCACAUUUAAGAAAAUUCUUCACAGAGCGUUAAAAAAUGUGACGGUGAGCUUCCGGGACGCCGAGGACGACUCGGUCUGGAUUCGAAUCGCCUGGGGAACUCAGCACAAAAAGCCCAACCAGUACAAACCCACCUACGUGGUGUACCGCUCACAGACCCCGUACGCCUUCACCUCGUCCUCCCCGCUGAAGGGCGUUGUGCCCCUUCUGGGCCAGGCACUGAUGACCGCCAGCAGACACCAUCAGAUCGUGCAAAUGGACCUGAGAAGCCGGCACCUGGACUCUCUCAAGGCUAUCGUUUUUAAACAGUUCAACCAGGAAUUUGAAAAUCACAACUCUAUAACACCUCUUCAGGAAGGAACCCUUGGACUAGAUAUAAACAUGGAUUCAAGGAUCAUUCAUGAAAACACCGUAGAAAAAGAAAGGGUCUGGAGAGUAACACAGGAAACGUUUGGGGUCAGCCCUCCGCCUCAGCUGGAAUUUGCACAGUACAAGCUUGAGACGAAGUUCAAAGGUGACUUAUGUGGAGGCAUCUUGGCCGACAGGGAAGAGCCCCUCCGGUGCCUGAUAAAGUUCUCUAGCCCGAAUCUUUUGGAAGCGCUGAAAUGCUUAGCUCCAGCUGGUAUUGCAGACGCUCCGCUUUCUCCAUUGCUCACCUGCAUACCCAACAAGGCAAUGAAUUAUUUUAAAAUUAGAGAUAAAUAAGAUGUAUGUGGUUUUAUAAGCCCAGGGGCGCCUCGAUCACAUGGCACAUGCAUUCCAGUUCCUGGCUAGCUGGACAGCGCCUGUCUGUAAACCCGCUUUUUAGAAACUGAUCUAAAUCUGGAAAUGGCCCUACAAGUAUUGGGGCUGUUCCCCCCUCCCCACCUGCACCGUUUUCUGAUAAGCAGAGCAGGAGUGGGCAGUGAUGUGUCACGGGGUAUAUGUUUGGCUCCGGGUUGAGCCUGGGUGCCGGGUGCUGUGAAGUCAAGCAUGCAGCACCAUGGCUGAGCCUGUGGCUGUCGUGUCUGGUGACCUUUUGCCCACUCCUGCCUCUCCACAGUCCUGGGAGGUUUAGUGCCAGUUGCUGGUGACGAGAUUUUCUGCUAAGCCUCAGAUCACAGGAAGAAGCACCCAACUCUGCACUUCUAGGUAUUGGGCCAUUCAGAGGCUAAAGCGUCCACUGAUUGGUUAUUGCAGGAGGUGGCACAGCCACUGAUUGGCUCACAUAAAGCAGUUGUUUCACUGUAAAUCUGAUACUUUUCAUAGUGUAAUUUAUCACACCUGUGACAUUCAAACUGACAUUGUACUGAUUUGUGAAUAAUAAAGAUACUGUAUUGAAAAACU